AUGUCAAGCAAGUACAACCUUCGCGACACCAAAAUCAGCAUCGAUUUUUCCGUUCCUCCUCCUCCUCCUAAUCCGGUCACAACUACAACCGAGACCGCCGCGGAGAGCUCGCUCCCAGCUUCGCUCCCUCUCACAUGCUCAUCAAAAAGUGUCGUGUAUUUUACGCGUGGAAACCGCGUCCAUUUCAAGAACAUGCAGACCAACGAAGACAUUGGUCAGCUGUUCAAGCUCGCAGAUAAAGAUGGGAACCUCCAUCUUCUACAGUGUGGUGGACCGCAGAACAGUGACAGUCUUGCUAUCGCUACCACUAAGGGCAUUAUCCAGCUCUGGGAUGUGCGCUCGAAGAAGAUGACGGUUAGUUGGUCGACGAAAGGUGUCGGAGCAAUGCAAUUCAAUGGGUCAGUGCUUACUGUCGGAGGGCUCAAAGGGACUCUAAGGUUCUAUGAUACCCGGAUUGCGAUGUCAACGACAGCAACUUCUAAUACUGCGACUGCUAAAGCUACGUUGAAGAUGAAGAGCGAUCCGCGGAAGUUGAAUCGCCAUCAGUCCCGGAUCACGGCUCUGGCGUGGAACGAGCCAGGGAAGCUUCUCGCGAGUGGGGAUGAGAGUGGGGCGGUGUAUUGCUGGGAUAAUAGAGAGAAGGUUCCCUUGGAUGUUGGAGAGUUCGUCCAAAGGAGGAAGAAAAUUCAACAUUCGGCCCCUGUCACGGUCGUCAACUGGUGCCCCUGGCAGCCCAAAUUACUAGGAACAGGCGACGCAGAUGGGAUUCUUCGACUAUGGGACAUUGACACGUCCGAUUCGCGUUCCAACGCGCUUAACCCGGGAAAACUCGAACUCGGGUCACGAAUCAACGGCUUACACUUCUCUCCUCAUUGCAAGGAGAUGAUAACUGUCCACGGUGCGAAACCUGGAAGCCCGAGUCCUCCCGACGUGGACUCGGAUUCGGAGACAGCGUCGACUCUAAGUCUGAGUCUUUCUGCCCAGAUACAUAACAGUAGCAGGGGAUACGACACCUCCAACUCCAUCGUCGCGCAUUCUUUUCCUACCCUCCGUCAUAUCCACACCCUACACGCUGCGAACAAAGUCAUCGGAGGAAGUGUCAUGAAUGCUAAUUUUACGAAAGCCAUUGUUGCGGUGCCGGAGGAGAACAAGCUGAAGGUUUAUGAUGUGUGGGGGAAACUUAGUCUGAGAAGGACCGAGAGCUUCAUGGGAAAUAUUCGUUAA